UCCCUUGCCAACAUCAGUCCUGAUGCUGAGUUUGCAGUGCAGUUGUCAAUUGAAGAAAGUUUGACAGAUACUUCCUUAGUGUGCUUUCAAACAGCCCUAUUGUAUACAUCAAGCAAAGGUGAGCAGAGAAUUAGAGUGCAUAUGCUUUGUUUGCCAGUGGUAAGUUCACUAGCAGAUGUAUAUGCAGGAGUGGAUGUUCAAGCUGCCAUCUGCCUUCUAGCAAAUAUGGCUGUGGAUCGAUCAGUGUCAUCAAGUCUGUCAGAUGCAAGAGACGCCUUAGUGAAUGCAGUAGUGGAUUCGUUGUCUGCAUAUGGCUCAAUUGUUUCAAAUUUUCAGCACUCUGCACUGAUUGCACCCAACUUCCUCAAAUUGUUUCCACUCUAUGUUUUGGUACUUCUCAAACAGAAAGCCUUUAGAACAUGUACAAGCACACGCCUAGAUGAUCGUGUGUAUGCCAUGUGUCAGAUAAAGUCUCAGCCACUUGUUCAUCUAAUGAAAAUGAUUCAUCCCAACUUAUACAGGAUAGACAGAUUGACAGAUGAGGGUGCAAUUCAUGUUAAUGACAGGGUUGUACCUCAGCCACCUCUUCAAAAACUGUCUGCAGAGAAGGUGCUUUCCUCAUGGACUGUGGCUCUGUUUUUUACAUUUGGAUUGGAAAAGGCUGUGAAAAUAACUUCAUAGAGGAUGUACUGGGGUGCCCUAAUUUUGCAUCAAUUCCACAGAAAAUGACACAUCUUCCAGAACUAGAUACACUUUCAUCAGAAAGAACCAGAUCUUUUAUAACUUGGCUAAGAGACAACAGACCACUAAGCCCAGUCCUUCAUGUGGUGAAGUAAGAACUUAUGUGACUGAAUUAUGAAGUUAUCUCUUCCUGUGCAAUAUAUGUGAAAUAACAUGUCUUUUAAGCAUACUUUAAAUAAUGUCAAAAUAGAUUCUGGUGGUAGAAUAUUGCUCCUUGAUUAAUAUCUCCUGUGUUCCAUUUUCUAUAGUCUCCACUUAUUAACAGCUUUGUUAAUGAAUAAUUAUUCUUUUUAACAACAUGCACUUUUAGACAAAUGUCCUUUUCUGUUUUU